AACUUCUUGCAGUGGUAAAGAGGUCUCAACAAUAUUUUGUAAUUAAAUUCAACAUAUUUCGAGACUUUUCUGCUACAUCAAAUAAUAUUUCUCUUUCAAUAUAAAUUACACAUAAAACUCAUCUCAUGUUCCAACUGGUUCGUAUAUAGUCUAACGAUAAUCGACAUGGAUAAUGAAGAGACCUACGAUCAUUACAACAUCGAAGUCGGAAACGACACCGUUCAGACGCUAGUGACCAACAGCCCGGGCAUGGUCGAUUCAUGGAUUGCCAAGAUCGAGCGUAUCCACCGCCGCCGCCUGAACCGUCUCGUCGUCGGGCUCGACAUCGAGUGGAGACCCAACUUCAGGCGUGGGCAGUCGAAUCCAGUCGCCCUCCUCCAACUCUGCGUCGGCCGCCGCUGCCUCAUCUUCCAGAUACUCCACGCUCCCAACUUCCCCGAUUCGCUCACUCAGUUCCUUGGUGACGGCAACUACACCUUCGUCGGGGCCGGAGUUUAUAAAGACGCUGAGAGGCUGGCGUCGGAGUUGGACGUGGAUGUGACAACCUGCGUAGAACUCGGGGCCCUUGCGGUGGAGGCCUCCGGCGGCGACCGGAGACUGAAGAAUGCUGGGUUGAAGGGCUUGGCAAGGGAGUUUCUUGAAAUGAAUUUGGAGAAGCCGCGGGAAGUGCAGCUGAGCAAAUGGGACGCGCGCUGGCUGACGCUUGAUCAGGUUCAGUACGCAUGCACUGAUGCUUUCGUGUCCUUUGAGAUUGGGAGGGUCUUGGAAGCCUGGAAAGCUAGUUGAGUUGAGUUUGUAAUGAUCUGUGUUGGUCGAUUAUGGUAUUACUAUUAAUUAGUACGAGUACUUGUAUGUAGAGAUAUCAAAGUUUCUGAUGUAACUCAAUUUUCUACCGUCUGAUUGUGGAGAUUGAAUUAAUUAUAUAUAGUUGUCAUUCAGAGGAAAAGUAAUCCUGUGAAAUGAAAGACUGAGAAGUUGAUCGAGUGC